UGGCUCUUUUCCUCUCCUUCGAGCGUACAGACGAAGCUUGACCUCCACCACCAGAAUGACCGUUGCACAGGCAGCCCCCUCGGGGAGCGCCACCCAAACACGCUCGUCCACCUCCUCGCUGCCAGAUUCGCCGUCUCAGAUCCCUUACCCGACGUCAUCGUCAUCGUCCUCAUCCUCGAGCAUCGCAGGUGCCAAUCCCAACUGGGUCCCUAGCGACAUUCCCAAGACGUGGAAGGACUCGUUCCAGGCCUGGAUCAAGAAGACGGAGGCGGCGGCCGCCGAGCUGCAUCUCUACAAGCGAACCGGCUACUUUGACGGGGCAACGCUCAACAACGCGCCCAAUGAAGAUCUCGACAAGGCCCUUCGGUCCGUCUCUUCCUCUUUCUCCUCGCCUGUCUCGUCAAAGGCGGGUGAAGAAGACCAGCGCGCGACGGUCGGCACGUCGGUGAACCCCCUCGAUGGCAAGGUGGGCAGCAUUCGCCUGGUCGACAUCGGCCCUUCGUCGUCGUCGUCGUCUGCGCUCACUGCAUCUGGAGUAGGGUCCUGGCUCUUUCAGCGGUCCUCACCGCGCCUCGUCAACAUGGUCGAGAUCGGCACACCGCGAACGCGCCAAGAGAUCCAAGCCGAUCACGACGAAGAAAAAGUGGUGCUGCUCCACGGCUACGGCGCAGGCACGGCCUUUUUCUUCCAGAACCUGGCCAGCCUGGCUGCGCACCCUCAAUCGCGGCUGUAUGCGCUCGACUGGCUCGGUAUGGGAAGGAGCGCUCGUGUCCCCUUUCAUAUCCCUCACGCCGCGCAGAAGACGAUGGAGUCGCGCGUCGAGACGACGGAAAACUUCUUUGUCGGCGCCCUCGAGGACUGGAGGAAGACCAUGGGUGUCGAAAAGAUGACGCUGGUCGGCCACAGCCUCGGUGGUUACCUCUCAUUGGCCUACACGCUCCGCUACCCGCAGCGUGUCAACCGGCUCAUCCUCGUGUCGCCCGCGGGCAUCGGCGAGAAUCCGAAUGAGAAGGCAGAAGACACUUUUAGAUCAAAAGGCAAUGGCACCGUUGAAGCCAACAAGUCAUUGCCCGCGGCGGGGGCAGAAGAAGCCGAGAUCAAUCAGGCGCAGCAAGACCAUGUGCCAGCGUCAGAAAGGCAAGCGGAGAGGGACGCCAAGACAAUGCAAAGAAGGGCCAGUGAGGCUGGGAGCAACGGAAAGGACAAGGGCUCGACGCAAAAGACACCGGAUCCGCCGCGAUGGGGCAGCAAGACUCGCGCUGUCGUCUCCUGGCUGUGGGAGCAGAACUUUUCUCCCUUUGGCAUCGUUCGAGGGAGCCUCUUCCUCGGUCCCAUGAUGACCGGCCGAUAUACCUCUCGGAGAUUUGGAGCGCUGCCAGACGAGGAUCUCAAGGCGCUGCACGCAUACUGCCACGGCAUCUUUUCGGCCCGGGGCUCCUCUGAAUACGCGCUCGCACAUCUGCUGGCACCUGGCGCCUUUGCGAGGUGGCCAAUGGUGCGUCGGAUCGAGCCAAUCACGGUUCCCACGAGUUUCAUCUAUGGUGAAUACGACUGGAUGGACGUCAAGGGUGGCGAGGCCUGUGUCGAGAAGCUCGCCAAGCGGGGCAACCGCGCGGCCAACACUUUCGUCGUGCCCCACUCGGGCCACCACGUCUACCUUGACAAUCCGAAGGCAUUUGAUGGCCUCGUUGCCAAGCUACUCCGGGGUGAGGCCGACGGCAACAGCAACGUCUCGGUGCCGAGCGGCAUCUAGUAAAGCAUAGACUGGCUCUAGUCAUAGACUGUCACACCUCCUCUGUCUGCAAUAAUUAGUUAGCAUACUGAAUACCAUAGCAGCAGUCUGAUGUCGUG